CUUCACAUCAAUUGACCACUGAGAACGCUCUUCCCAUUCCAGCCCAAGCUAGACGGGACCAGCUUAUCGGGGUGGCGCUACCACCCCGGACUCUGACCUCGUCGCUGAAAUACAAGUCGGCCCAGAAAGUCUUAGCUCACUCUUGUAUUUCACCUAUUGGUCAAUCGACCGCGCAACUCAACCUCCUCCAUCUUUUUGUAUACUCAGCUCCAUCUUCAACUAUAAGAUAUAAGGAUACUCCCGGGCCCAGCAUGUUCUGACAUCCAGACAUCAUCUCAUCUCUUCAUCAUCCUCAACACAUCCUCAACACUCACUUCAGAUAUCGCCAUCAUGCGUCGACACUCUGAAAUCCAAGAGGUCGCAGGAGACGACACUCUCCAUCCCGAAGAUACUGUUGUCCGAAGGGCUUCAGUUGCAGUCGAAAACUUCGCCGACCUCUCUGCCGAAGCCAAAGAUGCCACCUCAAAGGAACACAAUAUGGGUAUCUUGCAAGCCCUGAAACUCUAUCCUAAGGCAGUCGGAUGGUCCAUCCUGCUCUCUACCGCUAUUGUCAUGGAAGGUUACGACGUCGUCUUGAUCGCUUCUUUCUACGCUCUCCCAACCUUCAACAAGAAAUAUGGUGUUCUGGGAGCCGAUGGCACAUACACCGUUCCCGCACCAUGGAAAUCAGGUCUCUCGAACGGUGCUCUCUGCGGUGAGAUCUUGGGUCUCUUCAUCAACGGUAUUGUUUCUGAGAAGUAUGGCUACAAGAAGACUAUGAUGACUUCUUUGGCCAUGAUGGUUGCAUUCAUCUUCAUCCCGUUCUUCUCCCAAAACAUUCAAACACUUCUCGUGGGCGAGAUCCUCUGCGGUAUCCCGUGGGGUGUCUUCCAAACUCUCACAACUGCCUACGCUUCCGAAGUCUGCCCUGUCGCUCUUCGAGCCUACCUCUGCACAUACGUCAAUCUCUGCUGGGUUAUUGGACAAUUCAUUGCUUCUGGUGUUCUUCGUGGUGUCUUGAGCCGUACUGAUGAAUGGGGAUACCGAAUUCCCUUCGCAAUUCAAUGGCUCUGGCCUCUUCCUCUCCUAGCCGGUAUCCUCUUUGCUCCCGAAUCCCCAUGGUGGCUCGUCCGAAAAGGCCGCAUGGAAGAUGCCAAGAAAUCUCUCCUCCGCCUCACAACCCGCAACGACCCAACCUUCAACGCCGACGAGACCAUCGCCAUGAUGUCCCACACCAACGAACUCGAGAAGCAAAUUUCAUCGGGCACCUCGUACCUCGACUGCUUCAAAGGCAUCGACCUCCGCCGCACCGAAAUCGUCUGCAUGGUCUGGCUCAUCCAGAACCUCUGCGGCAGCACCUUCAUGGGCUACUCCACCUACUUCUACGAACAAGCCGGCCUCCCCACCGUCGACGCCUUCGACCUCUCCAUGGCCCAAUACGCCCUCGGCAUGAUCGGCACCAUCGGCUCCUGGUUCCUGAUGUCCCGCGCCGGCCGCCGCUCCCUCUACCUCUACGGCUCCUGCGCCCUGUGCACCCUCCUCCUGAUCAUCGGCCUCACGGCCAUCGCGCCUGCCUCCAACAUCGGCUCUCGUUGGGCCAUCGGCUCCAUGCUCCUGCUCUUCACCUUCAUCUACGACUUCACCGUCGGCCCCGUCUGCUACGCGCUCGUCGCCGAAGUCUCCUCCACGCGCCUCAAGGCCAAAACCAUCGUCCUGGCCCGCAACCUGUAUAACAUCGGCGGCAUCAUCGUCAACAUCAUCACCAACUACCAACUAACCUCCAAACCCAGCGGCUGGGGCUGGGGCGCCAAAUCGGCCUUCUUCUGGGCGGGCUCCUGUUUCUUGUGUAUCGUGUGGAUUUACUUUAGGUUGCCGGAGCCGAAGGGACGCACGUAUGGUGAGAUGGAUGUCCUGUUCGAGAGGAAGGUGUCAGCGCGGAAGUUUAGGGAUGCGAAGAUUGAUAUCUUUAGGGGGGAUCAUUUGGCGCCUGUGGCGGAGGGGGAUUCGGAGAAAAGCGGGAGAAAGGGUCUUGUGGUCGCGACUUACGAUUAG